AUGGGCCCCAAAACAAACGUUUUCGUUCCUCUGUAUGUCUACCCAUCGCCUGGUGCAUGGACACCCCUGGAACAAGUCGUGGAGGCUCAUCCAAGCCUCAAUUUCACCAUUGUCAUCAACCCAGGAAAUGGGCCCGGACCCAACGCCCUACCUGACGCCAACUACACUCGAGAAAUCCCUAGGUUGUCAGCUUACGAGAAUGUCCGCUUAGUGGGAUAUGUUGCCACCACAUAUGGCACUAAAAAUGUUUCUCUUGUUCGCAAGGAUAUUGAAACUUAUGCGUCCUGGCCGUGGUCGGGUAACAACUUGAACCUAUCCGUCAGCGGUAUCUUCUUCGACGAAACGCCCCAAGAGUUCAACACGAGCUACCAAGCAUACUACGAGGAACUUACAGCACUAGUGAAGCAAAGUAAGGGGCUUGGGCCGACCAAUUUUGUCGUACACAACCCCGGUGCUGUGCCUGACUCUCGGUACUUGGCGGCGGCGGACUCCACCGUGGUGUUCGAGGACACCUACGCGAACUUUCUGGAGCGUAAUUACGGCCAUACGUUUACUCAGAUCCCGGAUUCCAACCGAAGUUCACUGUGCACAAUUAUUCACUCCGUCCCUGAGGACGUUCAAGGAACUAAGCUCAAGAGCCUUGUUCGAACUGCACGCACUGUGUCGGAUGAGGUCUUUCUCACCCAUCUCGAUACAGGCUAUUAUGCUAGCUUCGGUCCGAAUUGGACAGACUUUAUCAACCUCAUGGAUUCCUUCUAA